CGCUGGAUGUUGCCGGGAAGCAGCUCCGGGUUGCAGGGCAGGAAUGUGCCCUUCCCCCGCGGCAAACUUUCAGUCGCUGCAACGGAAGCAGGAACUUGCUAACCACGAAACCCGCCGGGCGGGUGCGGGAGCUGCCGCGCAUCCCCCGCAGUCCUCGCCGAGACCCUCGCGCGGAUCGCCGGUCCCGCCCGCCCGCGCGGCGGAGCUGUCCUCGCACCGCAGACGCCCCGGGGCCCUCUCGCCGCCAGGAUUCAACUUGACUUUGGACCCUUAAGGCUUGAGUAAUAAUGGACUAGAAGAUUUCAUUAACUUGAUUAAUUGUUGAGUAUCUUUAAUGGGAUCAGCUCUUCAGUACUUCUUGCAGUCCAGAGGUGUCAAGAUUCUGCAUACUGAAAACACGGCUCCUGCCUCCUCCCCUGGCAUUGUUCAGGUUUCUUUGCAAGAGCUUGAAAAGAGACUACAUCAGAAUCCAUUCAAAGGAGAAAUUCCAGCAUCUGUGCAGUCUUCUCCAUGCAAACUACGACCAGAGAGAGGAUUAUCCUUGACCUUUGAAGACCAAGCCUAAACUGAAAUUUAAAAUGUUCUUCAGAGGAGACAGGAGCUUGACUUACACUUUGGUGAUCAUUUGUUUCCUGUCGCUAAGGCUGUCUGCCAGUCAGAAGUGCCUCACUGAGAGUCUCGAAGAUGUUAUCAUUGACAUCCAGUCAUCUCUUUCCAAGGGAAUCAGAGGCAAUGAGCCCAUACAUACGUUAACUCAAGAAGACUGCAUUAAUUCCUGCUGUUCAACAACAAACAUCUCAGGGGACAAAGCAUGUAACUUGAUGAUCUUCGACACUCGAAAGACAGCUAGACAACCCAACUGCUACCUAUUUUUCUGUCCCAGUGAGGAAGCCUGUCCACUGAAACCAGCAAAAGGACUUAUGAGUUACCGGAUAUUUAGAGAUAUUCCACCUUUGACCAGAACUGACUCGCCAAGCCAAGAGUUAGCCCAGGAAGGGUCUCCCUGGCGCGGCCAGCCUCCACAAGCCGUCACUCCCCUACCGCCUUCAAGACCCGCUGACGACUCUCGCCGAGAUGCUUUUCCUCAGACGUUUGGACCCUCAGAUCACUUGGAGAAAGCAUUCAAGAUUGACCAAGCAAGUACCCAGGUCCCUGUUCAUAAAGAAAACCCGAAUUCUCGGAGUUCGCAGUUUUCCUCAGAAAAAGAAAUAGCUCAUUGGCUGUCUGAAAAUGUGACCGUGUCCCCAACUACAGCGGCCGUCGUUUCUCCACACACCACCUCGGCUCCGCCGAAGCCGGCAGCUCUCGCACCCGCCAGCGCUUCAGUGAUACCUUCGGGGCCUUCUCAGCCUCCACUGGCCACCACAGCUCCCCCUGUGACCGCCGUCACUGCUCAGGGUCCCUUGGCUCUCAACGCGACAAUUUUUACUCUGGCUGCGGUUACACCUCGAGCGAUGGCUACCACUGCAGUUCCGACUACCAUCUCUCAGGCACCGACGGACUCGAGAGGCACCCCACGAGCGGUGCCCUUUACAGAGAUCUCCAACCUGACCUCGAGCACAGGGGGCGCGCAUAACCCUGCCACACUUUCCCUGUCCGGUGUGGAGUCUUCUGCUGCGGAUCACACUGCUUCCUGGGAAAGCGGGAAGGCCGGCGCCGGCAGUUCCUCACCGAGCAGUGUCGCCCAAAACCAGCACGAGCUUCCAUUCGAAAAGUGGCUUCUCAUUGGCACCCUGGCCUUCGGUGUUCUGUUCCUGGUGAUAGGUCUUGUCCUCUUGGGCAGAAUGCUCUCGGAAUCCCUCCGCAGGAAACGUUACUCGAGACUCGAUUAUUUGAUCAAUGGGAUCUAUGUUGACCUCUAAGGGUGGAACUGAAUGUCUCUUGAUUCAUUUAGUAACUGUGAUGGAA